GAAAUGGAUUGAGUACAUUCGAAUGAGAAAGUGACAGAAGUUCAUUUUUCAGCAAUUAAUUUAAAAACCGAAGGAAACUUGAUUCUAUUUUGAUGAUUGUCAAUAAAAUCGAUUACAUCAAUUUGAAUUUUCAAUAUUGAGCAUCGGUUGCUAAGACAAAAAUUGACACAUUUAAAUCACUUCAACGGAAUACUUUCCACUGACAAUCGAAUCUACUUUGAUACAUUUCUAUCGUACAGUUGGUGUUCAUUCUGUUUGACAGUUCGCCAAACAAAAUUCAUCCUAGAGUAAAAAAAAUACUGUAAAUAAAAACGCCUGCUUAAACAAUACAUGUAGUUUUGUGAUGCAUUAAAUCAUCCAUAUCAUACGACGCAGACAAUUUCAUUGAAAUUAGAUAGAAUCCAGUGUAAUUUUCAAGUAUUCCGGCCGCACAUGAAUAAUUUGUGGCACAUACAGUAUUUAGAAUGUCUUAGAUAAGAAAGAAUGUCUUGUUUUAUGUGCAAAUCAAUCGAAAAUAGUUACAUGUGAGAAGUGUGAAACAAAGCACGUCUGUCGAAAUUUCGUAUCGUCGAACAACAGAAAAAUUGUUCGAUUUUUUCAGACGAUUUCGUCAUGGAAAUGAAAAAUGUGAUUGCACGUGAAGGACGAGAGGCAAAAAAUCUAAUUAUUUAUCAUUUGUCCAGCGAAGAUGAAAAAACAAAUGCUAAAAAGCCUCCAACACACAUCCGGCCCACAGUAUUAAAUCGAAAGAUAAGUCUAUCGGAAUCCCAGUCACCGGACAAAUCAAAUCGGCGUGUGCGAAGCGCAUCAACCGGACGUGAUAAACGGUCUGAAUUACAGGCACGCUACUGGGCACUGUUGCUCAGCAAUUUACAACGUGCCGUCAACGAUAUUUAUCAAACGGUCGAGUGUUAUGAAAAUUUGGCAUCGUGUCAAGAGGUAAUUUUGGUGUUAGAGAAUUAUACGCGUGAUUUUCGGGCGCUAGUCGAAUGGUUUCGCGUUUCAUGGGACUAUGAAGCAACACCGCAGCCACAGCGACCUCAAUUCCUUGCUUGGGAAGUGCGCAAAAGUAAUCCAGCACCACCGAUACGUGCAAAAAGUUUGUCCAGUCCUAGUCCAAAUGCAUCAGGCAAAUCGAGUCCGUGUCCCAGUUUUUCGGGUAAAGUCAGUCCGUGCCAAACAAUCGAUGAAGUGAAAUUGGCAACAUCGCCACGCAAAAAGCUACUCGACAUCAAAACAAAUAUAGCAUUAACCAGCAAACCAUCGACGGUGGAUCGAAAUCCAAAAAACCCGCGACUCAAUUUGAACGGUAAAGUAUCUAAAUCUGAAGGUGAAACAAAUGGUCUGUUGCACACUAUUGAAAAUGGUAUAUCGAAUGAGACUGAACUCACAAAAAUACCCGAAGAAACUCAACACAUGACAUGGGGCGAUUUGGUGGAACAAGAUGAAUCUCAAUGUGCAAUGCAAGAGUCUAAUGCAACGGAAGGCAUAGUCGAAGCCGAAUCUAGCGAACCGGUACUUACUUUUGACCAGUAUAGUCAAACAAGCGGAUUUAUUGAUGAAUAUUUAACGCUGCAACAGUGGCGCGAUAAAUAUGAAAAGAAUGAAAACACAAACAUAAAUACUGAAGACUCCAAAACGCCAAUCGAAUCGGCUGUCUCUCACACCACAAACAAACUCGACGAAAUGGAAAACAUUUUCUUGAAAAAGAAUGCAAAUCAACCUAGUAAUCUCAUUCAAACCACUGUUGACCUCUCACAGGAAAAUGUACUGAAUCCGAAGAAAGGUGCAGGCGAUGCCGAUGAAACGAAAAGUGCCAUUGUAGAAAACGCAGACAACAAAUCGACUCAACCGGAAGAGAAGAAAGUGCAAACUGGUGCCCAAUUAAAGUAUUCAAAUGUUGUGAUUCGACCGUCGAUUGCAGCUAAGCCAAACAGUUUGCAAAAAGUCACGUCGAAUCGAUUGCAAACCACAAAACCGACAGUUAACACUAUGGGACGGUCGUCUGUUACACCGAAUGUUAUGGUAAAUUCGAGUUUGGCUCGUAAACAACCACUGAGAAGUUUACCAGUUGCGCCAAUGAACAAACCGAAGGUUAUCACUCAGAGAGAACCCGUUAUGAAGGAUGGAGACAGGCGAAUGAUCAGAGCCGCAGUGCCUCGCACAAGCGGAGUUCCAUCGAACACGGCUUCUCGUCUGGCAGCUCGAUCAAAAACAAUGAUUGAUUUAAAUAAACCAGUCAAUUCGAAUGUAUUGAAGUCUUCAUCCCGAGACAGCAUGAACAGCUCAACAUCGACACUUCGCGCCAGCAACAAUCUAAUUUCCAAUUCACAAACUAAAUUGAAUGUACGGCGCUCAGAGCCACGAUCGAUUCCAACACGGAACGAAGACGACGAUGGAUGGUUGACUGUAAAGGCACGACGCCGUUCGAGUUUGCAUUGGUCCAACCGAUUUAAUCAGCCAUCAGGCUAUGCCAGCUUACCAACCCUGGCUCUACUCAACGAAAAAGAGCCACCACCGAAAUUUUCCAAUAAGAAGGAAAAUAAAAAAGCCGCUAAACCAGCACCGAGCAAAUCGGUCGAAGUUGAAACAACCAAACCGAAAGCUGUUGCGGUGAGUACCGCAAAUGGUGCUUGUGUCAAAGAGAAAAUGGUGCCUUCAUCAGUCGCAAAAAAUGUGAAUGUGGAUUCCAAAGCAAAACUUAAGCAAAACUUAAGUUCUGUUGAACAAUCCGAUUUGAAAACGAAAUUGUUAACUGCUAAAGAGACUGAAAAACCGGUAUCGAUUGUUUCGCGUGCAACAAUUUUGCAACGUCAACGGUCUGACAUCACCGGACUCAAGCUGAACAGUCUCCGCAAAGAGUAUUUCCGUAGUGAGAAAACCAAGAAAAUGAAGGAAAACUCAAAGAAAGCAACUAAGAAUCAAGACGACGAACUAAAAUUGAGCGUACACAUGAAUGUCCAAACUAGCGAUAAAGUGGGCUUAUCAUCGACAGUGAAUGAAUUGUAUACUAGCCUCACUGAAAGCGAGUCACAGAAUAACGAAAAUAAUAAACGGGACACUGAGAGCGAUAACGAAACUGAAAGCGAUGAAAAUCAGCGGAAAUUGCUUGAAGAAGAAGAGUGCUUGGAACGGCAAAUUGCUGAAUUGCGAAAUACUGAAAUUGAUGUGGAUAUGGAAAUUGAUGACACGGAAUGUGAUACGAUUCUUGGAUUGAGUGAAGGCGAUCCAUCGACUGAGCUCGAGCAAUGCGAUGACAAUAUGAAUUUAGAGGCAAAAUAUCAUCAUUUACUAUCCGAUAUGUCAACUGGUGAACGGAUUCAAACUCUGGCCACGUUACAAGCCUUCGUCAGUCGACACCCUGGCAGAGCACAAGAGUUGCAUCAAAAAUUAUCCAGUCCAUCACAUAGAUCGUUGACUGAAAUUUUGGAAAAGUAUCAAGAGAAACAAGAGCGUGCCAGAGACAUGAGGGAAACAUUGAACAAAGAGAAAACAUUCAAAUUGCAAACGCUAUUGGCUCGUGUGGAAGAUGUUAAAAUUGCGAAACAAAAACUUAUCGAAGAAAAAAGGCUGAGAAUGGAAGAGAAACUGCAAAGGUACGCCGAAAAUAGGAACCAAUAUAUCAAACACAAAAUUCGAAAGGCACAUGACGAAGAGGAAAAGCUUAAGGAAAUUGCAUUCAUCAAGAGUCUCGAAGCACAAAACAAACGCUUGGAUUUGAUGGAACUACGGAAAGAACAAGAGGGUCGCCUACAAGAUUUGGAGGCUGAACGACAAAAACGAGUCGAGGAAAAGGCAGCUAAGGAAGCAGCUGUUGAACGCAGACGUUUGGAGUUGGCAUUAGAACGUCAAAAGCGAUUAGAACGCAUCGACGAGACUCGCCGCGAAAGGGAACAACGAGUUGUGUCUAUGCAAGAGGAACGCGAAAAAAUGCGACAACAAAUUGCUCGGGAAAAGGCACGUGACAGAGAAGAACGUCUAUUGGCUUUACAAGUGCAACAGCAGCAAACAACCGAAGAGCUUCAGCGAAAGAUCUUUCAAAAGCAACAAGAAUCGGCGCGCAGACACGAAGAAACGAUCGAGCAUAUUAGACAACGUGCAUUAGAAUUGAGCAUUCCAAGCCGAAACGUAGACGACACGAACUCAAAUCGAAACGAAAAUUCGGAUAAUACACCAAAUGAUGAUCUCUCGUCAGUCGUUUCUGACCUUUCAAUCGAUUUGACAAAAGCGUCGAAAAAGAAAUUGAAGAAAAUUCGUCAACGUAUGACUCAGAUGGCCGAUGAAUACACGAAAGAUCUGGAACCGGUGCCAUUAUACAUGAAACGCGAUAGUUCCGUACCGAAAAUAUUAACUAUGAUACGAAAAGGUGGCGGUCCACAGGGUAUGGAACGUCCAUUGGGCCAACUGACUCGUACUAUAGCCAAAGCUGAAGUAUUCGAUUUCCAGUGUUUAUGGCUCAUGGAUGGCUUGGGUGCACUAGCUGCAAUCAUAAAGUCGGCUCACGAGCCAAACUCAGAAAUAUCGAGGAAGGCAAUGAUCAUGGCAAUACAGUGCUAUCGAGACUCGUGUUCACCCUGUAUCCAAAUCGCCCGGCAUGCAAUUCUAGGAAAUUCCAUCUCAGUCUUAUUCGAUGUCUUAUUGCACAGUCUGCAGACACCAGAUGAGAAGACACCAUCGCAUCCGAUUGAAUUGUCGACGGAGCUUAUGUUAGCGACCACAGUUGUCUUAUCUCCAUUCAAUGUACUGAAACAACCACACCCAAAGGUUUUGGAACGCCUACCAGAUGUAGUGAGUUACGCCGUAUCCAUUGGAUUGAUUGAUGCUCUUUCGAAACGAUGCAUGAAAAUCCGGGAACCAAUUGAAGCUCAUCAAAGUGUUGUACUGUCGAUUUUGGCGUGUCUCGGUCUUUUGACGAAAUUCACAGAUGUUUGCCCGAAAGAAUCAAGUGCCUCAAAACUUUUGGCAGUAGUGACAUCAACAGAGCUCUUUGGCACCAUUUCAUUACUAUACGCCACAAUUAUUCCAGUCGGAGAAAGCAUUCCACCAAGAACCAUAUCUGUAGCAGCUUCAGCCUUUAACUUAAUCUUGACGAUAGCCAACUUGGACUUAAAUGUCUUUCAGUCAAUUCUCAGCCAAGAAUCACUUUCGCUACAGUUUCUGGAUGUUGUUACCAUUUUGCUAAAGUAUUGCGGCACAAAAACCAAUGAAAAUGCCGAAACACAGGCUGUGAUUGUUGAUUUAGUUGCCACGUUAGGAUUUUUCUGUGCCAAUAACAAACAAAAUCAGAAUCUUUUGAUUAGCGACCAAUCGUCGAUUAUCAUAAAAAGUCUUUCAAAAUUGCCGAAAUCCUUUGAUAUUGUCGUCUAUCCAACACUCGUGACAAUAACAUGUGAUAAUGAUGGCGCCAAAAAUGUUAUUGGAAAAGAAUUCGAUUUAAAGGUCAUCGAUGAUUUCGAAAAAUCCGAAGCGGGCAAAAAGAAUAAAAUGCUAACGAUGCUCCAUUUAAAUUCGAAGGAAAAUAAAAAAUCCAACAAAUAAACAGCAGUCAAUUCAGUUUUCCCUCCUUAUAUCCAGUACUGCUGAUUUAUGAGGAAUUGCUACUAGAUAAUAAUUUGUAUACCUACAUCACAUAUUAACAACGGCAGUUUUUUUUUUUCAAAAACAAAAAAAACCUUAUUAACCAAUUGGAUUUGGAAGUUUUUUGUUAAGUUUAUCAUACUUUCAAAAUUUCUCCAUAUCAAAAUAUUAUAUGUGUUAACCAUACCAAAAAAAAACAUUCGAAUCGUAUUUAUAAACACUUUUUGCUUUUUUUUAACCAUCAAACACCAAAUUAUAAUUGUCAAUUUUAUUUUGUACGAAUUUUUGCGUAACGAUUACGCGAUGAGAUUUAUUCCAUAAAGAACAGAUGAGCUAGAGCUCUCUGCGAUUAUUGCUCUUUUUUUAACAUAAUCAAAUUGAUAAAAGUCUGUGAAGCAGCUGAAAAAAAAGUUCGUUGUUUUGAUACAUUUCUUAAUAAAAUUAUUGAAAAAUAAACAUUAAA